AUGGACGCUGUCCGAGAUGCUGCGCACGAGGCUGCGCAACGCAGUGCGUCUCAAGGCGCUCUAGCAGCCGCCAUCCUGGCCAUCCUGUUCCACAUAGCCAUUAACCAGAUCGAGUUCGAGUAUGUCAUGUUCCACUUCAUGGCUGCCUACGUGCUCGUCUUCCUCGGCAUGGCCUAUGUCGUCGGCCUGGUACACGCUUUGCUUUUUGCAGCAAGCUUCAGUGUCGCGUUGCUGGCUAGCAUCACCGUCUACCGCCUGCUCUUCCACCGCUGCCGCAAGUUCCCUGGGCCGCUGGCGGCAAAGGUGACCAAGUUCCAUGCUGCCAGGCUCGCGGCAAAGGACGUCAAGUAUUACAAGGAACUGGAGAAGAUGCAUGAGCAAUAUGGCGACUUUGUACGCACGGGUCCACGCGAGAUUAGCAUCAGACAAAAGUCGGCAGUUCCGGUUCUAUACGGCCCCAAUUCAGAGUGUCUGAAGUCGACUUGGUACGGCCAGACUGGAAACGACCAGCAAAAAUGCUCGAUUCACAUGACGCGCGACUACAAUGGCCAUCGUCUGCGUCGCCGGGCUUGGGACCGCGGUUUCUCCAUCAAAGCACUUAGCAUGUACGAGCCACGCAUCAAGGCCAAGGCAGACGUGUUCAAGAACCAAUUGGCUAGCAAAGGAGCAAGCUCCAUGGACGCCUCUACCUGGUCAAUGUUCUUCAGCUUCGAUGUCAUGGGCGAAGUCGGCUUCGGCAAAGACUUCAACAACCUCCAGAGUGGCGUUGAGCAUGUUGCUAUCAAAGGCGUCCAUUCUCAUAUGACUAUGCUGGGCAUCAUGAGCACGGUUCCCUGGCUACUCAACGUCCUCAGCUCCAUUCCGGGCGCGGCAGCAGGCUACUCUGACUUUUUCUCGUUUUGCUCCAGCCAGAUAAGGGAAAAGCACAAGACCUGGGACAGCGAAAAGUAUCCACAGGAUGUCAUUUCUUGGCUGUUGAAGGCGGCCAAAGAACAAGACGUUUCAGCCCCGCUGAGCGCGGCCGCUUUAGAGGAUGACUCGCGAGUCAUGAUUAUCGCUGGAAGUGAAACAACCGCCACCACACUUGCAGGCGCUCUCUACUUCAUGGCCAAGCAUCCUGACAAGCAGAAGAAGCUUCAGCAACUCCUUGAUGAAGCUAUGCCUGGCGGAUACAGCGAGUGGUCAUAUGAAAAAGUCAAGUCUGUUUCCUACGUCGACGACUUCAUCAGUGAGACGCUGCGUCUUCGGCCGGCCUUGUUGACUGGCGGAGCGCGAGAGACUCCAGCAAAGGGUAUCCAAGUCGGCGACACAUAUAUUCCCGGCAACACCAAUGUCUUUGUGCCAGUGUCACUGAUCCAAAAAGACCCAAGAUGGUGGCAGCAAGCGGACGAGUUCCUUCCCGAGCGUUUCGGCGAGAAGAAGGUGGAAAUGGAGACGGACCAAGCGCCAUAUAUGCCCUUUUCUCUAGGCAACUGUCCGGGCAAGAACCUAGCGCAACUAAGCCUGCGCAUCUCGCUGUCCAUGGUUGCCCAGAACUUUGACGUCUCGUUGGCGCCCGGGGAAACGGGCCAGGCCUUUGAAGACGAGAUCCUAGACACCUUCACGGUGACGCUUCCACCUCUGCAGCUAAGAUUUACUCCACGGAACAGCGUCUGA